AUGCCGAGCGCACCGUUAACGAAAGCGAAACAACGCGCCGCUCGACUUUUGCAGCAGCAACAACACGCGUACGAGCAAAACGUGUUCAACAGCUACCGGAGGAACGGCGUCGCAGUUUCCUCGUCUUCGGGAGGAGGAAACGCGACGACGAAUACUGGUUUCGCCCCAUCAGGAGGAGGGAAAGCACACGCGCACUUCCCACCAACCGUUCGAAAAUCCUCCGUCGCGAAUGUAUCGGUGGAUAUCGAACGGAACGUGGAGUGCGUGCUCUCGAGGAAACGCGCGGAGAUGAUCGAAUCCUCCGGCAUGCACGAAAAACAGAGGAGAGUUCUGAGAGUGUAUCUGUUCAACACGCACAACAACGACCAAGUGAAUAACACGAACGAAGGCGAGGAAAACUCGUUGCAGGCGACAGGGAAGACGAAGAAAGUGUUGAAGUUUACGUUCGGGAAAAAGAAAGACGACGGCGUCGGAGUCGUCCCGGGUGGGAUCGCGGCGACGACGGCGGCUGUCGCGGAAAAGAAGUCAAACGAAGCGCCUCCUCCUCCUCCUCCUCCUCGUUCGUUUAACUGCGACGGGACGGAAAAGAAGUGGACGUUUCACGUGCAAGGACGCGUGGUGAACGAGCGAGACGCGGAAGUGGACGCGAGGGAGGUGUUGUCGUCGGGAGGAGGAGGAGGAGGGCUGAAGUUUUCGCACUUUAUCGAACGGAUGAAGAUUGACGUGUACGACGAACAACAAAAUGGAAAGUUGGUGAAGAGCGUCGCGUGGGAACGUAAGGAAUGCGGGGUUCCGAAAGAUGGGUUCACGAUUACCGUUCCCGGGGCGAAAGAUUCUAUGAGAGUGAGAUGUGAAAUACACUUAAGGAACGAUCCGCCAAAGUUUCAAUUGAGCGGAAUGUUAGCCGACGUCGUGGGGAAAGAGGAAGAGAGCGCUGGGCGAGUGGUGUACGCGUUGUGGAGUCGAUGUAAAGCGUUGGAGUUAGUCUCGGAAAAAGACCAAUCGAUGGUUGAAUUGGACGAGACGUUCCUUGAGUUGUGCGAAAAGAACCCUUUGUUCAAGGAGAAAAAAGUGGGCGACGUCGUGCCGUUUAGAUCCGUGUGCAUUGCGUGCACGUCGCGAACGCACAUGCCGAAAAUCUCGGAGCCGUUAGUGUUCGAAUAUAAAGUCCGUCCGUACGGCCCGUCUCCAGCACAUUGCGAUUGUUACGACGUGAACGUCGAAACUUUACCGCCCGCGGCGGUUGGCCAGAACAGCGCGGUGACGAAGUAUUCCGCUGCCACGAACGAACCGGAAGAGUUGGAGCAGAGAAUAUUCCAAGACUCCAACUUUAUCGAUUUCGCGAGAAAACGAAGAGCGUAUUUGCUGAGCUUCUCGCAAGACCCGCAAGCGUUCAUCGACAACUGCUUGAUGGAAUACUCGGAAAUGUUCCAAGGCGUUCCGAGACGGCGAGAGGCGUGGUCGAAAGAGUGGACAAGUGAUGCGGCGAUGCGCGUGCUAGAAAAACAACGCAGUAGUUAG